AUGGCUGCUUCCAUUUUGAGUCUCUUCCCUGGUGGUUUUGGAAUCAUGGUGAUAGAUGACAAUGAACAAUCUUUGCACGAUGUUGUACAAGGACUUGAAAGCUAUGGAUACACAGGUAGAUGUUGACAUGAAGUGGGUCUAAUAAUAUUUUAUAUCUGAAUUCUCGUCUUUUUCUUAUUCUUCACGUAAGUUCAAUGGGCACUUUUUAGUUUUGGCGUCGUAUUUACACUCAAAGAAAAUUGUUUCUGUUCAUAUUUUUCAUUUCAUUGAAGAGGGGGGGAUUCUCGACAUAUUUCUGGCGCUUAACAUAGAACACAUCUUACAUCUGGUCGCUAUAUACUUUUAUCAAUAACCUUCCUUGGGUAUUAAGACUUUAGAUUUUCUUGAAUAGUGUAUUCAACGAUUAUUUCUAGCAUGAUUUCUUCACAAUCUGGUUCUGAGCCCAGGUCUAUACCAAAACGAAGCUCAGCUUUGUUCCUGAAGGAGAGCUGGGUGCAGUUAGGCAUCAGAGGAAGGAGAAAAUGAUGGUUGUUUACUGAGUCAUUUGGGUAUACCUGAAAAUGGGGUUCACUAACACAUAAAAACCUGUGCUUUUGUACGUAUAUGCGUAUAUCCCAUUUACAAAUAAUUUUGAGAUAAAUGAGUUAAUACUUUGACAUUACAUUGAAGUCGACAUUUCCUCUAUGGCAAUGCGCAUUCUAGGUUUGUACGUUUACGUGAUAUAAUUACCAAGGGGUUCGAAGAGAAAUGGCACAUCACAAAACUUGUUACUAAAAGUAAUAAAUAAAAACUUGUGAUUAUAGAUAUACAACACUAUUUAACUCUUUACCAAUUGUUUUGAAUUUAAUAUGUUAAUAGUUGUAACAUUGAGGGAAAAUGAUGCGAUCAAAAUUAUUAUAUCUUACAGAAAAUCUAUGUUGAGACUGCCAUAGCACGUUUCCCUUUUCCAAGCUGCACAUCAUGUAUGACAUUUUUGGUAUAAACUUGCAAAAAUGGAUGGUAGAUCUAUCAUGAAGUUACAGAUUAAUUAACUGACUGCUAUUUUAGCUGAUCGAUUUAUCAGAAUGACACUAUUCACGUUGCUUAUUGGAAUAAAGCAUGUUGAAGUGUGAUUUUCUUAUCUUUAAGGCGAAUAUGAUUUCUGUGCGAUCAACGAGUAAAAUGGGUUUGCAUUUAGUGACUCCUUGCUCCAGGGUGACGUCCGCAUUGGACAUUCUGAUCAAGGACGAGAGAAGGUUUGACCUCAUCCUAACAGAAGCUCGAAUGGUGGACAUGGAUGCGUUUGCUCUCCUCCACCAGGUCGAGGUGACCUUCGAUAUCCCUGUUAUCAGUAAGCCCUCCUUUUAUCAGUGCCAAUAGCUUCGUUCAGAGCUGCCCAGAACCGUAAUUUAGUUCAGUUAUGCGGUGCAGUGAUGUCAGCCGGAGGAGGACUGGGGCUCGCGGGGGAAUGCCUCAAAGCUGGGGCUUCCUUCUACCUCCAGAAACCGCUGGACUACGCUGCGGUUUCGACAAUCUGGCAACACGUUGCAGUGAAGAAAAUGAGGGUGUUCCCGAUCGAUGCUACGAGGAGAAUGGAAAACCGCGGUUCGUCGCCUUCCUUCUCCGUAUCAGGGGAAGAGAGGAGGGGUACCGGAGAAUCGCCGGACAACGUCAAGAGAAGGGACGUAGAAGACGACGACGACCAUGAAGGCGAUGAAGAGGUCAAAAGGGGAAUGAACGGAACCGCGGUGACCGAGAAGAAGGAAAGAGUGGAAUGGACCAACGAAUUGCACCUUCUUUUCUUGGACGCCGUGGAUAAAUUAGGGAUAAACAGUGAGAGCCGUUCCCUCAUUUCACUCCGCAGAUCACCUUCUUCCUCAGAUGACUCAUUCAUGUUUCCUUCCCCCGCUUCCCGACAGGAGCAGCACCAAGGAAGAUACUUAAACUAAUGGGCAGAAGAGACUUGACACGCACCAACGUUGCCAGUCACUUACAAGUAUGAUGCUCUCAGUUUCACCUUUGAAUCUUUCUCAGUGACCGCUAUAACGAUUCUUGGUUACGACUUAACCCUGUUUAUUGAGCUACUGAUAGCUGGCUGAAAUGCGUAGAAUGUAGAUAUGCUCUAGUCAGCCAUAAGCUCGUUGAUUUGUAAAAGAGAAAAACUUCAAGUCUUUAGUUCCUGUCUCUGAAUGCCAGACGCUGUUGAACAUCGAUGCAGAAGUACCGCCAGCACUUGGCGAAAAUCACCAAUAGCAGGAACCGGCCAGAAGGCAACAGGAGUCGGCGCAGAUUUUUCUUGACCAAGAAGAGAUCUGUGUUCGAGUGUGGCCCCCAGCACUUGACGGAGAUCCACAGACUAGAAAUGGAAAGCUUUAACCAGAGCUUCGCAACCGACGCCCAGAGAGCUGCUGAUAACUCAAUCAAACCUCAGGUAGCAUCUAUGAAACACACAAAUAUCCCUAAGGCUCUUCCAAUUCCGGCAUCUGCAGCACAGGGAAAUGCGACACAGCAGGCAAGACUGUGUUCCCAUGAAACGUCCCGUAACUGUUCCUACUUCGAGGACAGUACAGCAGAAAACUUUCAGGCUUUCGCGGUGGAGUAUAAUGUAGGACUCCGUGCCUGUGUAGCUGCCGGUACUUCAGCAUUAAAGUUCCCUGGGAGCAACACCAUUGCGACGUCAGACGUUAGCGAACCCCAGAAUUCAGGCUGCGGUAACAACUAUAUUGGUCUGGAACUUCAGACUGCUAGUGAAAAGCUUGGGUUAACACUGGGGACAUCUCCUGGACCGAAGGUAAUUGCUCCGGUAGAAGGUGAAUCUAAAGAUGAAAUUAUAGAAGACAUGAUUCUCGACCAGCUUCUGCAAGAAGAAGCUGUCUCCUCAGAGAAGAGGACGAACAUACACAAGGAUCUCUUGUCAAGCGGGUUCGGAAAGAAUGAUCCGACGAUCCAGACUAGCGGAAAUCAUUUUUCUCCAUUGAAUCAGCCAUCCGCGGAAUUGCUGGAGAAUGAGGAUAUCUCAAUUGAUGAAUUCCUUGACACUCAGCUCGAUAACUUAUCCCAAGAUAUUGGAGAUAUCUCUCAAGAAGCCAUUAUGAGUCUUCUGUUCGAUGAUCAGGUAAAUGCAAGAUGUUCAAUUGCCCUGGUUUUGAAAGAUAAUUAAUCACUAACUAACAGGAAGACGCUUUAUUUAUUGGGCAUACAUUUUCUUAAUGAUUUGGCUCUUGAAAUUGCAGGAUGAGGACGCCAAUACUGUAGAGGAGGCUGAUCUCUUCAGCGCCUCCCAGGAGGAUAGAAGGCAGUAA